AUGCAUCAAACUGACGUAAAUCAAACCGGACAUAUUUCUCCAUUGUGUAAUGGAGCAAUCUGGAACAGAAAUAUUGAAGAAUAUAGGGGAACAGGGGACUCCCAGCGUAGUGAAACUAGAGACUUACGUAUAACAAUCCCUCCUUCAAAGGAAAAUGUUACCAAACAACCGUCUAAAAAGUCAUCUUUUAUGAUAAGUGACAUUUUAUCUAAAGAGGAUGAAAACAAAAGCAGUCCUUCAGGCGCUGGACCAAUUUACAGAGACGGUCAUGGCGAAUCAAUCCAUUCACCUCAUUCAGAUCGGAGCUGUUCGCCCCAGAGUGAUAAGGAAUCAAAACCCGAAUUUUUUGAAGGAUCUGAAAAACAUUGCAAUACUUACGGGAGUAUCAAUUCAUGCAAAAUAAAGAAGCAACGAAAGGCAAGAACUGCUUUCACAGACCAACAGCUUAACAGCUUGGAGAAACAUUUUGCCAGACAAAAAUAUCUUAGUGUUCAGGAUAGGAUGGAACUGGCUACGAAACUGGGCCUUUCAGAUACUCAAGUUAAGACCUGGUAUCAGAAUCGAAGAACAAAAUGGAAGCGACAAACAUCAGUUAGUCUAGAACUUCUAGCGGAAGCAGGAAGCAUAGCUAAUGCUCAACGGCUGAUUGGGUCCUACAUACAUCCUUACCCAGAGCCUGCUCUGCAGAUAACUGAAUUUUACAGACAAAACUCACAUCUAGUGAUACCAAGGCCCGUGAUUCCCCCGCUUUAUAGCUACUGA